GAACUGAACUCAAGCCUUCUAUGUACAGUGUGUAUUGUAAAUUUUUAUGUUUUUACCAGAACCCUUCUCUUCUGAUACUUAUGUUUAUUUUUGAUUUUCUUCAAAAAUUUAUGAAAUACCAGAGUUGCGUAAAGAAAACAAAGUGCAAAUAACAUCAAGACAAAGAAAAACAAUUAAGCAUACUUGCUGAAAUUAUUAAAAGACAAGUGUACAAUUCUGACAGUUGUCAACAGCCUCAAGUUAUUUAACAAGAAGAAAACAAAUAUCUGGACAAAUAAAAAUGGAUGAUGAAGAUCAAUAUCAGACAGGUUAUGGUGGCUGUAGUGGUCCUUUUCCUCAAGAUUAUAGCUACUCAGCUUUUGAUGGAGAAGCAGAUGGAUUAUCUGGUCCCUUAACAGGGGAUCAAAAACCCAGAAUACUUUUAAUGGGUCUCAGAAGGAGUGGAAAAUCUUCAAUUCAAAAAGUUGUUUUUCAUAAAAUGUCUCCAAAUGAGACAUUAUUUUUGGAAAGCACAAACAAAAUUAUUAAGGACGACAUUUGUAAUUCGAGUUUUGUACAAUUUCAAAUUUGGGAUUUUCCAGGGCAAAUUGAUUUUUUUGAACCAACUUUUGAUAGUGAUAUGAUAUUUGGUGGUUGUGGGGCAUUAGUUUUUGUUAUUGACGCUCAAGAUGACUAUAUGGAAGCUCUAAAUAAAUUGCAUUUGACAGUUACAAAAGCCUAUAAAGUUAAUCAAGCAAUUAAAUUUGAAGUGUUUAUUCAUAAAGUCGAUGGUUUGUCUGAUGACUAUAAAAUGGAAACACAGAGAGAUAUUCAUACUAGAGCCAAUGAUGAUUUGGUUGAUUCAGGCUGUGAUCAAAUUCAUUUGAGCUUCCAUUUAACUUCCAUCUAUGACCACAGUAUAUUUGAGGCAUUUAGUAAAGUUGUACAGAAAUUAAUUCCGCAAUUGCCUGCUUUAGAAAAUUUACUAAAUAUUCUUAUUUCUAAUUCUGCAAUCGAAAAGGCUUUUCUCUUUGACGUGGUUUCAAAAAUUUACAUUGCAACUGAUAGUUCUCCAGUCGAUAUGCAAAGUUAUGAAUUAUGUUGUGAUAUGAUAGACGUUGUAAUUGACGUUUCUUGUAUAUAUGGAGUAAGAGAAGACAUUGAAGCAGCUGCAUUUGACGCUCAAAGCUCUAGUUUAAUUAAGCUAAAUAAUGGUACAAUACUCUAUUUGCGAGAAGUAAAUAAAUUUUUAGCCCUUGUGUGUAUAUUGCGUGAAGACAGUUUCGAGAGACAAGGUGUCAUAGAUUACAACUUCCUUUGCUUCAGAAAUGGAAUUCAACAAGUAUUUGAGCUAAGAAAUAAAUCGCUAGCUGCUGUUGGCGCAAAUAAUCAUUCAACGUCUCCUAUUAGCAUAAGUGAAUCGACAAAUAUGCCUUCUGCUGUUACGCAAUCUGGGCAAAAUGGUACAAUUGUGCUGGCUCAAAGUUAAGUUAGUAAAAAAUCUUGUCUCAUUCCACACAUUUAGUUAACUCAAGAUAAAUAUUUUUAAGUUUCAAUAUUUUAUUUCUGUCAUUAAAGUUUCAAAUAUUCAAAGAUUCAUGAAAAGUCAAGUAUUGUUUUUUUUUCUUCUCAAAUACAUUUAACAUAUAAUUUUACUUUUAAAUAUAUUAAUAUUGAACAAAUAAAUAUGAUUAUAUUGUA